GGAACUGCUGAGCGGGGAGAGGUCCCUGGCUGCGCGGCCAGAGGAGUGGGGAGGUUGUGAGGCUGUGCGCGUCUACACCGCGCGCUCCUCCCCAAAGCGCACCGCCCUUUGCGCGUUUGUGCGGGCCGCAUUGGCGCCCGCGGAGCUGGGAUCAGUAGAGUCACGGCUACCAAUCCCCAAGAGCUGGGGUGGGUGGAGAUCGUGGCGAACCGAGCUCCCCCAGGCUUGGACACACUCGUGGUUAUGAAAUCAACCAGGCUCAAAGUUUUUGACAGAGAGCUGCCCAAGGCGUGAGAGCCGCGAGUGAGUGAGGUAGCGGCUGGCUUAGGGAGAAGACUGUGCGGCGCACAGAAGGUUCCAGGCAGGGUCACCCACUUUCAGGUCCUACAGGUAUGGAUCUCUGGCAGCUUCUGUUGACCUUGGCAGUGGCAGGCUCAAGUGAUGCUUUUUCUGGGAGUGAAGCACCAUCAGUGCCUGCUUGCUGCUUUCCAACCGCCGAGUCAUGGAUGAUUUUCUCAAAGGCAAAAGCCACACCAGCUAUCCUUGUCAGAGCAUCUCAGAGUCUGCAGAGAGUUCAUCCAGGCCUAGAGACAAAUUCUUCUGGAAAGCCUAAAUUCACCAAGUGCCGUUCACCUGAACUAGAGACUUUUUCAUGCCACUGGACAGAUGGGGUCCGUCACGGUUUACAGAGCCCUGGAUCCAUACAGCUGUUCUAUAUUAGAAGGAGCACUCAAGAGUGGACUCAAGAAUGGAAAGAAUGCCCUGAUUAUGUCUCUGCUGGAGAAAACAGCUGUUACUUUAAUUCAUCUUAUACCUCCAUUUGGAUACCCUACUGUAUCAAGCUGACUAGCAAUGGUGGGACUGUGGAUCAAAAGUGUUUCUCCGUUGAGGAAAUAGUGCAACCGGAUCCACCCAUUGGCCUCAACUGGACUCUACUGAAUAUCAGUUUAACGGGGAUUCAUGCAGAUAUCCAAGUGAGAUGGGAACCACCUCCCAAUGCAGAUGUUCAGAAGGGAUGGAUAGUCCUGGAGUAUGAACUGCAAUACAAAGAAGUAAAUGACACCCAGUGGAAAAUGAUGGACCCUGUAUUGUCAACAUCAGUUCCGGUGUACUCCUUGAGACUGGAUAAAGAGUAUGAAGUGCGUGUGAGAUCCAGACAACGAAACUCUGAAAAAUACGGAGAGUUCAGUGAAGUGCUGUAUGUAACACUUCCUCAGAUGAGCCCAUUUGCAUGUGAAGAAGAUUUCCGGUUUCCAUGGUUCUUAAUUAUCAUCUUUGGAAUAUUUGGGCUAACGGUGAUAUUAUUUUUACUCAUAUUUUCUAAACAGCAAAGGAUUAAGAUGCUGAUUCUACCCCCGGUUCCAGUUCCAAAGAUCAAGGGAAUUGAUCCAGAUCUCCUCAAGGAAGGAAAAUUAGAAGAGGUGAACACAAUCUUAGCCAUUCAUGACAACUAUAAACACGAAUUCUACAGUGAUGACUCUUGGGUUGAAUUUAUUGAGCUAGAUAUUGAUGACCCUGAUGAAAAGACUGAAGGAUCAGACACAGACAGACUUCUAAAUAAUGACCAUGAAAAAUCACUUACUAUCCUUGGGGCAAAGGAUGACGACUCCGGACGUACCAGCUGUUACGAACCUGACAUUCUGGAGACAGAUUUCAAUGCCAAUGACGUGUGUGAUGGUACCUCAGAGGUAGCUCAGCCACAAAGGUUAAAAGGGGAAGCAGAUCUCUUGUGCCUUGACCAGAAGAAUCAAAAUAACUCACCUUCUAAUGAUGCUGCCCCUGCUACCCAGCAGCCCAGUGUUAUCCUAGCAGAGGAAAACAAACCAAGACCACUUAUUAUCAGUGGAACUGACUCAACUCAUCAAACUGCCCAUACACAGCUCAGCAACCCAAGUUCACUGGCAAACAUCGACUUUUAUGCCCAGGUAAGCGACAUUACACCAGCAGGGAGUGUGGUCCUUUCCCCGGGCCAAAAGAAUAAGGCAGGGAUCUCCCAGUGUGACAUGCACCUAGAAGUGGUCUCACCCUGCCCAGCAAACUUCAUCAUGGACAAUGCCUACUUCUGCGAGGCAGAUGCCAAAAAGUGCAUCGCUGUGGCCCCCCACGUCGAGGUCGAAUCACGUGUAGCGCCAAGCUUUAACCAGGAAGACAUUUACAUCACCACAGAAAGCCUUACCACUACUGCUGGCAGGUCUGGGACAGCAGAAUGUGCUCCAAGUUCUGAGAUGCCUGUCCCAGACUAUACCUCCAUUCACAUAGUACAGUCUCCACAGGGCCUCGUACUCAAUGCCACAGCCCUGCCCUUGCCUGACAAAGAGUUUCUCUCAUCGUGUGGCUAUGUGAGCACAGACCAACUGAACAAAAUCAUGCCGUAGCUUUUCUUCAAUUUUCCAUGAGCUACCUGUUUAAUGGCAAAGGGUUGGCUGAGGCCUGAAUGCUUAAACCAAAACAAUGUUUAAACCUUUUGCGGGGGGGUGGGGUCAGGGUAAGGGAUAAAUGCCUUUUUCUGAAAUGUUAAAAUACGAUAUUAAAAAAAGAAGAAUCCUUAAUCAGAUAGAUAUUCCUAUUGUGAAUUGUAAAUAUUUUUAAGAAUUGUCUCAAAGACCGUGUAGUGGCAGUGAAUGUCUUGUUAUUGUGGGUGUUAAUUUUGUGCUACUAAGCAUUGAAUGGCUAUGUUUUUAAUGUAUAGUAAAUCAUGCUUUUUGAAAAAGCAAAAAAUCAGGUGGCUUUUGCAGUUCAGGAAGAUUGAAUGCACAUCAUAGCACAGGCUAAUUUUUUUAAUAAUUGGGAACUAAAAUCAUAGGUAAGAAAAUAGUUUGGAUAUGUAAAACAUUUAUUUUGACAUAAAAUGGAUAAAGAUAUUUUUAAUAACUUACACUUUAGGCAUGGCUAUUUUCUAUUACACUACACACUGUGUCCUGUAGUUAAUGCGGGCUCAUCUAAAGAAUGUAGAACUGCCAUCUAAAGCUGGUUUAAUGCUUUGGUCAAUGCACCUGAAGAAAAACAAGUUAGUUUUUUACAAGGCCCUUUUUAUACCUCCUAAAACUCUUUAAAUGAUUCUAAAAUGAUUGUAGUUACCUACAGUAUUGGAAUGUACUCAUCUGAAUUUUUAAACAAAUAUUUGUUAAUUCAGAAAACCUUAAAAUGUUUGCACAGGUCAACUUACCAUGACCCCCACUCU